AUGGCGAACUCUAAUCUACUCUACGCCAACUUCAAUCAGGACUACUCAUGCGUGUCAGUUGGAACGCGGAAGGGAUAUAGCAUCACGAAUUGCGAGCCAUUUGGAAGGGUCUACACUAUGAACAACGGCGCGCGCGGUAUAGUCGAGAUGCUCUUUUGCACUUCUCUUCUCGCCUUGGUCGGGGUCGCAGACGUGCCGGGAUCCAGCCCACGGAAGCUUCAGAUAGUUAAUACAAAGCGGCAAACCAUGAUCUGCGAGCUCCUUUUCCCCUCCUCAAUUCUCGCCGUCAAAAUGAACCGAAGGACCCUCGUUAUUGUACUGGAGACGGAGAUAUACAUAUACGAUAUAAGCAACAUGCGGCUGCUGCACGUAAUUGAGACGACCGCGAACCCGGAAGCCAUCUGUGCUCUUUCCCCGAACGCGGAGGCCUCAUACCUCGCUUAUCCGUCACAAGUACCUUCGCCGAACUCGCCGCUAUCCACAUACCCUGCCUCCGACGCAGCCGCAGCGUCGUCGGCUUCCAACCACCAGUCCAACGGCGAUGUGACCAUCUUCUCAACCACAUCCCUCGCUACCGCAAACAUCAUCCCAUCGGCACACAAAUCGCCCCUAUCCAUCCUCCAAAUCUCCCAGAACGGAACACUGCUGGCUACGGCGUCCGUCAAGGGCACGGUCAUUCGCGUAUGGAGCGUGCCGAAAGCGGAGAAGUUAUACCAGUUCAGAAGGGGGUCACGGGAGGCGAGGAUAUACAGCAUCGCGUUUAACCCCGUGGGCUCGCUCAUGGCCGUAAGCUCAGCGAACGAGACGGUUCACCUGUUCAAGUUGGGCCGUGGCGCAGAAAAGCCAAAGGCCCCUUCGGAUGCUACAUCUGUCAGCGACACGGGGUCCAUCGAAAGUCGAGAUGGCCCUCUAGAAGGAGGAUACGAGGCGUAUCUCGACGAGCGAAAGAAGGGCAGCGGCAGCGGCGUCUCCUCUUCCCUACGGCGGAAAUCGAUGCAACUGUCUAAGACGCUGACUCACUCCGUUGGUGGAUACCUGCCCAAUACUCUGACGGAGAUGUGGGAGCCGUCGCGAGAUUUCGCAUGGCUGCGGUUACCCAGUAGCCCGCCCGGAGUGAGGUCUAUCAUUGGGCUGAGCGGCACGAUGCCUCAGAUCAUGGUUGUAUCCUCGGAAGGCUACUUCUACUCCUACAACAUCGAUCUGGAAAGCGGGGGCGAGUGUACCCUCAUGAAGCAGUUUAGUUUGCUGGAGUCGGGGGACGAGAGCUCGAGUGUCAGUAUUACGGAAUGA